UCCUCGCCAUCCACUAACUUAGACAACCAUGCCUCACUCUUUUGGUUACCGCGCGCGUACGCGCCAUAUGUUCAAGAAGGGGUUCAAGGACCAUGGCCGGGUCAAGCUGUCGACGUACAUGAUCAACUACAAAGUUGGCGACAUUGUCGAUAUCAAGGCCAACUCCGCUGUGCAGAAGGGUAUGCCGCACAAGUACUACCACGGGAAGACUGGCAUUGUGUAUAAUGUCACUCCCCGUGGUGUCGGUGUCAUCGUCAACAAGAUCGUUGGCAACCGGUACCUAGAGAAGCGCGUGAACCUGCGUAUAGAACACGUGAAGCACUCCAAGUGCCGCCAGGAGUUCGUCGACCGGGUGAAGCGCAAUGCGGCGCUCAAGAAAGAGGCGAAGGAGAAGGGCGAGACUAUCACCCUCAAGCGUGUGCCCGCAUUACCCCGUGAGGCACACCACGUACCCAGCGUUGGCGUUCUCCCACAGACGAUCGUCCCCCUGCCGUACGAGACAACGAUCUGAGCGUGGUCGGGAUUUGCGUUCGUGGUUCAGAGGUGUUGGGAGCUGGAAGAUUUGCUGCGGCCGAGAGUUGUUUCACUAUGGAGGUCGUCGAGCUGGGGCAUACGAUAUGUCUAUGUUCUGCAUGCUCAAUAAAACACGACUUCAUGCCCAAUCUCUUACGAUUCGUGGAUUGACUGGGUUUGCACAGGUGCAUCUUGCAGGGUCCCAUGUUGUAUGAUGAAAGGGAUUAGCCCGUAACAUUACGCAUCUACCAAGCUCCUUAGGCGAGUUCUCACAACUACGCGUCCACAUCACGCUACGAAUCCAUAUGAUACAU